ACAUGAAAGCCACAUAAUGUGGCGAGUAGUGUAUGUAUGUUUUGCCUCGGCGGAUAAAUAAAUUCAUGUUCUCCGCACGCCGUAGACCUGUUCCUGGAGAGGAGAUCUGCCGAGUAAUUUUAUCCAAAUGGACAUAUAUACCUCGAGAGCCAGAAGCAUUGGAAAAUGGAAUUCUCUCCCUCUCUCGGACAUCUCGGAGAUCCGGACAAAGCUCGAACUUCUCGGCAAAGGCUUGAGUCGCUUGAUACAACAUGUUCAUUACCGCAUUCGUCGCUGUGGCGCUUUUACAGGCCUCGAUAGUAUGGUCUUCCGCUUUUGACGAUGCCGGAGUCAUUGCACCAGGGGGCCGACCUUCGGAAAGACCCAACCACGCUAUCGCACCGUAUAAAACUGGUAAACCGCUUGUUCCAUCGCCCGAAAGAAACAAAACUUGCAUAAUCCAGAGUCACGGCAACGGUCUGGAUGACUCAGAUCACAUUCUGAGCGCGAUUCAUGAAUGCAACCCCGGCGGUCACGUGGUAUUCCAGAAGAACCAAACAUACACCGUCGGGACCGCAUUGGAUCUUACAUUUUUGAGAAGCAUUGAUCUCGAUAUUCAAGGUACCAUAGUGUUUUCCAAUGACACAGACUAUUGGCAAGCCAAUUCCUUCAACCAAACGUUUCAGAAUGCGACCACGUUCUUCCAGCUUGGUGGCUCGGACGUCAACGUGUAUGGCGGCGGUACACUGGAUGGCAACGGCCAGGUCUGGUACGAUCUCUAUGCCGAGGACAUCUAUAUCCUUCGCCCCAUUUUGUUCGGCACAAUAGGACUUCACGGUGGCCGCAUCGAAGAUUUGAAUCUGAGAUACUCUCCGCAGUGGUACAACCUCGUAGCGAAUUCGAGCAAUGUUGUAUUCUCGAACAUUGAUAUCGCGGGAGGAAGUCGGAGCAAAAAUCCCGCCAAAAACACUGAUGGAUGGGAUACAUACCGCUCCUCCCACAUUGUGAUUCAGAAUUCUCACAUCGACAACGGGGAUGACUGUGUCUCUUUCAAGCCCAACAGCACCGACAUAGUUGUACAGAAUCUGAUUUGCAACGGCAGCCAUGGCAUAAGCGUGGGCAGCUUGGGCCAAUACAUUGGGGAAGUGGAUAUCGUCAAAAACAUAUACGUCUACAACAUUACCCUUUCGAAUGCCACGUCGGGCGCGCGCAUCAAAGUCUGGCCGGGCAUAUCUUCCGCUCUUUCCGGCGACCUACAAGGCGGCGGAGGUUCGGGCGCAGUCUCAAACAUCACCUAUGAUGGGAUGAAAAUAUCGAACGUCGAUUAUGCCAUAGAAAUCACGCAGUGCUAUGGGCAGAAGAACCGGACACUUUGCGAGCAGUUUCCUUCGAAUCUGACCAUCUCCUCGGUAAACCUUCGUAACUUUUACGGGAAGACGAGCGAGAAAUACGACCCGCUCGUCGGAUCAUUGAUCUGUUCAAGUCCGUCGGUAUGCGGAAACAUCACAAUAAGCGACGUGAACGUCACGAGUCCAAGCGGAACCAACUUGUACGAGUGUGGAAAUAUUGAUGGCAUUGAUAAGAUGGUGGACUGUAUGGAGAAGUAG